UAAUUUUACUCUUUCAGAAUAAAAAAAUGGAUUCUUGCAUGUUAAAAAUGGGCAGCUCGGUGCACAAAACAUUCUGUGUUAGCAGAGUCCAGGAAGAGUCGCAUCCAAGUGUUGUGACGUAGACUAUCCUAAAGUGGUUGCUUUUAUGACUUGAACCCGUGACUUACAGGUCAGACGGAUAACUUUACGAUUGCUCCAAGCCUAAAUCAGGCGAAGCCACCAUUCCAGUUACGUGUUCGGCGGAACAAGGAGACCAAUUCUCUUGGUGAUAUUCAAUAAGGCAGCUCUCUCAUCUUAUGAGUUUCCAUGUGCAAAUGUGAUCACACUUUUUCAGAUGCUAAGUUCGAGUUUGAUUCUCUAUGCUUUGAGGCGCUGGAAAGUUAUAUUUUUCACAGUUCAGGAUUCAAAUAUUGUGGUUAAGCACACAACAAACCUCGUACCAUUUAAGACAGUACUGCAUUGCACUCCCGUGGCAUUAUCAUAUUUGCUUUACAUGCUGGUUUCCAUGGAAUCCAUUCGUGGAAUUAGUGUUCCUAUGUACACCACUUUGAGACGGACAAGUGUUGUUUUUACAAUGAUGGCAGAGUAUUUUUUGGCACGAAAAAAAUAUUCAUCACAUGUUGUUGCAUGUGUAGGAAUAAUCAUGCUUGGUGCAUUCGUUGCUGGUGCUCGGGACCUGUCAUUUGACUACUACAGCUAUACCAUUGUUUUCGUCUCGAACAUAACUACAGCAAUAUACCUGGCUUGUAUAUGUAGCAUUGGAGAAUCGAGUGGCCUUAACAGCUUCGGCCUGAUGUGGUGUAAUGGUAUAAUAUGUACUCCGAUUUUGCUACUUUGGACAGCAUACAGAGGCGAUUUAGAAGCUACAAGAAAUUUUCCAUACUUGUAUACCCCCGGCUUUCAGGCUGUGAUUUUUCUGUCGUGUGCUCUGGCUUUCUUAUUGAACUAUUCCGUAUUCCUAAAUACAACUAUCAAUUCUGCACUAACACAGACAGUCUGCGGAAAUCUUAAGGACUUGUUUACUGUUGGGUUUGGCUGGAUAGUUUUCAGAGAACUUCCAUUUGAUCUGUUGAAUAUUGUUGGCCAAUUUCUUAGCUUUCUGGGAUCUUGUCUGUAUGCUUACUGUAAACUCAAAGGCAUUUAGCUGCCUAAAUGAUGUAUCAUCAUCUUGGUGGAAUUAUAGCUAUAGAUCCAUAAUAUAUUCAAUAUUUUCUCUAUAUCUUGGUGGAAAUA